AUGUUGGUUGCUGUUGCUUUUGUCUUCGCACUGUGUUUUCUCGAAUGAAAAGUCCUCAUGUGUUGGCAUUUUGACAAAUCAUACAUGAAUGUGCGGUGCGAGCGACGAGAGACGUCAUGCGUGCUGACCCUCCCAACACGACGGAGGACACAGGAGAAAACAUGGCGGCGUCCAUGGCGAACAUGUCUAGAGCGAUAUGUAGGGGAUUAAGUGUUGUAUCUUUACCGCGAGUUGGUGUCCGAUUACGGCUGGCAAGCAGCACUGCAGGAGAGACUUGCAGUCCAAUAGUCGAGUCUACAGAAGAAUACAAAUUUGUGGAGCGGCUGAUACCGCCCACUCGAGUUCCCACACCUCCUAAACACGACGGCCCCACUCCCUCUGGAUGGACUCCCCCACCAGAGGUUCCCCCUGAUCUUCCCUACAUGAUCCGUCGCUCCCGAAUGCACAACGUCCCUGUCUACAAGGAUAUCACCCACAACACACGGGUCAUCACCCUGGUUCGCAAGGUGGAGGGGGACAUCUGGGCUUUGGAAAAGGAUGUGAAGGAGCACUUGUGUGAACUGACAGGGAAAGUCCCGCUAACACAGGUCAACGAGGUCACCAUGAUCCUCCGGGUGAAAGGUGACUUUCAGAAGGAGCUGAAGGAGUGGCUGAUCAAGAAGGGAUUCUAAACAGGUCCUCCAGGUGCAGUUCAAUGUUCUACCACAAGAUGGCAGAAGGGACACUUGUAUAAAACAUACCUACAGUAAAAUAUUCUGGUUGGUCUGACCAAGCGGACUGGCAGUGGUCCAUCAGCUGUCACUUCGCCAUGUGUCCAGUGCGUGUCCCGAUGUUUGCUUACACAUCU